AUGCAGUCACUCUUCACCGUCAACAACAACGUAUCACUUAUCAGCUUAACCAUUGCCCCAAGUGCCUGGGUCGCCUCUUUGGCCGUCCUCCUCUUCUUCCUCUACUUUUACCUGCCGCAACUCGCUUCACUAAAGGCCUUGUUCUUCCGAGUCAACUUCCUCGACAAAGCCAAAGGCAGCCAUCGCAAACACCAGGUCGGCGCAUACUCGACUGCGCCUAGAGACCCACGAUAUCGAGAGGGGAUCGAAGAGAUAAACCGUCGGAAUUGGAAUCGCAACUAUCAUCAGCAUCAGUAUCGCGACGGCGACUACGACGACGACGACGACUACUAUCAACAGUAUCAGUAUCAACAACAGUAUUAUCCAGACCACGACGGCGCGCAAGGGAUAGAAAGAAAGGAACUACAUUACCGACAACGUCAACAGAAAGCCAUCGCCGAUAAGCAAUUGCCGGCGCUGUUAGAGUUCUUUGGCAGGAAGAAAAGCAACGACAGCAACAUUAGCAGUGACGGAAUCAGUCCUACUAACAGCCCAAAGAGGUUGACCAAAGAAAGAGGCAAGGAAAAGAGUGGAGGACUUUCAUCGUUCGGGCGCAAAAUCAUCUACCGCACCAGCAGAGAUUCUUCACCGAGUCCAGCCACCAGCAGCACCAUCGCGCGCCACGUCAUCAGCUACGGCCCGCGCCCAAUCUUUGCCAACUAUGACAGCGGCAACGGCGGCCCCGCUGAAGAACCUAGGGCAUCUCGACCACCUUCUCGACGAUUCACUGGAGGACUUCGAGCACUGUCACUCGCUCCCAGCGAAACUCCGCGCCCCCAGCAUCCCCAUCAUCCCCACCAGCAGGCGACACCGUUCGGGUACCCCUCAGUGCACUCGGGUUUCCGGAGCGACGACACGGAGAGCGACAUGAGCGACCAGGAGGCGGAUGGCGGGGAAACGUCACACGGUGGCUACAGCCCGCCAGCCUGGAGGCGCCUCGGCAACGGCGACCGCAGCAGCGGCUUCUGGCGCAAGGCUAAUUCGCAUCUCAACGACAUCGACCCGCUCUUGUUGAACGGGUUUGGCGGUCUCGGUGGCGGACUAGGGAACGGCGGAUGGUCAAGAGAGUUCGAAACCAGUCCCGAGUAUGAUAGCAUGAAUGAAGACGAUAUGGACCAGGACGCGAUCCUGCAGAAAGCCAUUAGGACAAGGCUACCAACGGGAAGCUUGAGUCCCGAAAAGGAGAGGAGUCCGGAACCAGAAUAUGCGCGGCGUCAACAGUUGCAAAAGCAGGCCGAACUGCGCCAGCAGCAACACCAGAGGUUAGCGCCGGUAAUCGAGGAAGACGAUGUCAAGAUCAAGGAAGAGCCGAUGGAGGAGGAUGCGGGCAUGGUUUUGAGGGGGUUGCCUCACUUCCGCUUCGCGGUCAGGGCAGAAGUCCAUCAGCGCACAGAACCCAUUGAAACAGCUGUUGCUUUCUUGCGAAAAUGGCUCGGCCCGCUAACCAGGUCAUGGUCCUCCAUGUUCCUGUCCGGGCUCGUAGCCAUUCUCUCCUAUGCCGCCAUGCGCUCGCUCUUCCAGCCGGCGUCCAUGAGCCCCGUGCCUGACCUCGUCAAGGUGGCCGGUGUGGCGCGCUCCUUUGAGCCGCUCAUCUACUACUCGGAGAACGGCAUCCAGCAAGUGGGCGACCUGCAAGCGACGGGCGUGGCGGUCUGGGAUCUAGGCGAGAGCGUUAGGAGCAGUAACCUCACAUCGGCGCCGAUUAUCGUCAAGGAGCUGGACGAGCUAAGCGAGAGCCUCAAGACGUUGGCUAUCGAACUUACCAAGUUCUUUGCCAACGUAGACGGUGACAUCGACGGCAUCCUAAUAGUAAUGGACUGGGCCCGCCGCGAGCUCUCCCAACUGCAACACCUUCCCUCCCCGCCCCUCUCCUCCUUCUUCGACAACAUGCACAACAUCCUCUCCACCUUGGGAAUCCUCGAAGACCCCUCAACCUCCCAACCCACCCGCCUCGGCCUCCUCGCCACUUCCUUAUUCGGCCCCUCCACCCCGCAACGCACCCGCACCACCCUCCAGCGCACCUUCAACGAGUUCCUCGCCGUCCUCGAAGAAGCCAUCACCAACGAGCUACAACACUCCCUCGCCAUAUUCGCCUUAUUCGAAGCAAUAGACCACCAAUUCCUCAACCUAGCCCGCACCGUCGUCCGCGAGUCCUCCUUGCAAGAAUCCCUCCACGCCGAUUUAUUGUCAUCGCUAUGGACUCGCAUCCUGGGCGCCAAAGCGAGUGAUAUCCAGAAAUACGAACGGAAUCGCUUACUGCUGUUGAACGUCAGGGAGAAGACGGUUCGCAACAAGGGGAUUUUGGUGGAACAUAAUCAUAAAUUAUUAGCAUUAAAAGCGAGUUUGGAGAAUUUGAGGAGAAAGUUGGUUAGUCCGCUUGUGAGGAGCGUGAAUAGCUCGACGUUGACGGUUGAUGAGCAGAUUAGGGGGUUGGAGGAUGUGGGGCUUUAUCUCGAGGGUGUCAGGACUAGGCAGAAGGGAAAGUUGAUGGAGAUGUUGUAUGGUGGUGGUUAUGGUGGAAAUGGAGGGUACAGGGCUGGGAGUACCCUGGAGGGACAGCAGCAAGGGGGAGGGUAUGGAGGGUAUGGGGGGCAGUAUGGAGGAGGGUAUGGAGGAGGGCAGCAUGGAGGGGGAGGCGAGCAGAGAGAGGUGAGGUUGGUUGCUGAUGCUGGUGGUCAUGGUCAUCAUGGCAGUGCAAGUGGUGGAACUACGAGGAGUAUGCAUGAGGGGCAGCAGCAUCAUAGGGGGGGAGCAAUGAGUCACGCUGAGGUGACGGGAAAGGUGUUUGGUUUUUGA